GUCAUCUCUAUAAAUAGAUUAGACAUAGAGAGCAUAUUAGACAUAGAGAUCAAACACCCCAAUUGAGAGAUAUAUAUACAUAGAUCGAAACAAAAAAAAAUGUCUCUGAUCACCGAAGAAAUAAGAGCGGCGGCAUCAGAGAUGUACCGCGGCGACGAGAUCUGUCAGGAGAAAUCGAAAUUUCUCCUGACAGAAAUGGGCCUCCCGAACGGGCUCCUCCCGCUGCGGGACAUCAUUGAAGUCGGGUACAUCAAGGACACGGGGUUCGUGUGGCUGAUCCAGAAAAAGAAGUUCGACCACAAGUUCGAGAAGAUCGGGAGGCACGUGCAGUACGGGGCCGAGGUGACUGCCUACGUGGAGCAAAAGAAGAUCAAGAAGCUGACCGGCGUCAAGGCCAAGGAGAUGAUGAUCUGGCUCUCCAUCUGCGACAUCUACAUCGACCAUCCCCCCACUGGCAAGAUCACCUUCAAGAGCCCCACCGGCUUCUCCCGCUCCUUCCCCAUCGACGCCUUCGUUGUCGAAGACAAUAAGCCUCCGGUCAAGGACGCCGUCAACCUCGCCGCCAAAGCCGAGGUGGUUCAAGUCAAGGAGGUUUAGGCUCAUCUCAUCCAACUGCUUCUCAUUAAUGUGUUACUAUCAUUUAUUUCAUCUAAAAACUAUGUUGUUUUCUUUUUAAUUUCAUCAAUGUGUUUUAUGGAUUUAAGUGAGUUUUAAAUUUUAA